UCAAAUCGAGGUGCUUGAGCUCAUGUGAGCGUAGAUGCGGCCAAUCAAAAAUUCAUUCAUUCGAACUCAAGGUACCUACAAGUGGCACCGAGUGGCUUCUUCUCAAAUGCUGUUUUCGUUCAACUGUGACUUUGUAGAUACUACUAAUCACUUGCAGCACACUGGAGACUUGCCUGAUUUCAGGUCAGCCAGGGCUAGUAGCCAGGGUCAGCCAAGCUGGUCUAAAUCUUGAUUUCGAUCAUCAUACCAAGGACCCCUCUAUGCUAGAGAGGCUGACCACGGUCGCUCUUGGCUAAAUCCAAGUCAGACUCCUCUCAAGUCGCCGUUCAUAUCAUAACCAGCACACCACCUCUACGCAGAGCGUGUCAUCCACUCCUUUCGCAGUCAAGAUUGCUGUCCUCCUAACAUCGCAAUUUGUAUAUGCUAGUAUUUCAGUUCCGUUGCCCUCAUGAUGACUCCACAAACCGCCCCUGUUGCUCGCGACAUCCAUGAUCGCAUAUGGUGUCAGCCUGUUUCCAGCGGUACGACCCUCUGUAUUGGGGACAUCGUUACAAUCAUCGUGAUCAGUAUUGUCUUUAUCCUCGCACUUGCGUGUAUUUUUUGGACAUGGCGGAUAGUUCAUCGUCAUGCUAUCGCUGAUCAGGAACAAGCUUCAUCCAAUCGCGAUCCCUACAACGUAGUCUCGCCUUCACUGGAUAACUCCGUUCUCGUCCGAAAGGGUAUCGUACGUGAACCAUACAAGCCGGUGCAAGCCAAAACAGCUGGACCUGACGUCUUCUGGUCACCGCAGGCCCAGCUGCCUGAACUCAAGUUUCAUCUCGAUCCUCUACCCGCCAUGGAAGAAACGACAGAGAUGAGAAACAACUUUUCCAUUCGCCCAUUUUCUUGUCACUUUCCAUCGUCACCCUCUCCCCGUUCCAGCUUAGUAUGUUUGAACCCGUCUCUGUUACAGUCACAGUGCUUCGGGGGUACGGCACACCUACCUACGCGGAGCAGCAGCCAGAAGUUCGACAUGCUACCAGAUAGCGCAUGUCUUGAAGGCGAUGGCGAAACCUCGCUUGGCAAAGCGAUCCCAGCUGUACCCGGUGGCAGAUAGUUCUCAUUCGAGUGUGAAGUUCGCAUAAGAGUCCUGAACUUGUGGAUGACGGUGACGGGGUCGGGUUGGUUGCUGUGUGAAGCCAUGAUAUGAGAUGAAGUUGCUCUUACAGUACUCCCACUUUUUGCGUUCGAAGCACCUGUUUGCAUUCUUCCGCGAACAAGAGUGUAAUAGUCGACGGCAAAAUAGAUCACAAUCGCAUGCUGUCACGGUAAUUGCGCCACCCGAGCCUACAGGCCUACUAGUAAUAUGGGCAAACCAAACAGGAUCAGCAUUUAAUGUAGGUAGAAGUGACGAAUUCAUGCUCGAAAGAACCGCGCUAGGCUUAUGGGUAGAACUUUAGAAGGCGCAGUAGAGUGCAUCGUGGCACAAGCAUUGAAUAAGAU